AUGGACACGUCCCACUCCCGCACCACAGAGAUUAUACAGGGCUUCGGGCUCAUCAAGAGGUGGAAAAAGUGGCAGCAGGGCUGGGUGCAGACUCAGCUACUCCACCCGGGCGAUGCGAAGUACGAGGAGCAGGCCAUGCGGGGGGUGCGGCACCGCUCCGUGCAGCUGACGUGUGGCGACGUGGUCUCACCCAUGGUGGUUUUCUGGAGCUUCACCAAGCUGGGCUCGCUGGUGCCCAGGGCCGUUGCCAUCAGCAACGGGAUAGAGUCCAAGGUGGAGAAGGCUUCUGCGGCCCUGGGGCAGGUGAGCCUGAGGAACGGCACCCUGGAGGUGAGCGACCUGCAGACGGCUGCCCAAGGGCACUUCAUGUGCCAGGCGAUGUACGAGGAGGAUGGAGAGAUCAAAGUGGGCUACUUCUACAUAGAGCUGGUCGUGCUGGUUCCCGUUGCGAAGCCCUUCCUGCAGAUGACCGACCCCACGCCGGUAGAAGGCACGGUGGUGACGAUGACGUGUGCGGUGAAGGAGGGGACGCCCCCCGUCGGGUACUCCUGGCACCGCCACACCAACCGGGAGGGUGCGGUGGCUGUCGCGGAAGCGGCCAGCGGGCUGCUGAUCCUGACGGCGGCUAACCGGACUCACAUGGGCUGGUACGCCUGCACCGCCCACAACGAGGUCAACAGCCAGACCAGCGACAGGAUGUAUCUUGACGUGAUUUAUGGCCCUGAUGAACCCGUGAUCAACGUUGAGCCGUUUGCUAUUAACCAGAACGGCUUCUCAGCUAAUGAGCAGGAGGAGGUGAUCCUGACCUGCCUGGCCCCUUCCAACCCGCCCAGCCACUACAUCUGGUUUUACAACAGCUCCCAGAUUUACUCCGGCCAGAAGUACGUGAUAGCCAAGAUCUCCCGGACUCAGACGGGCACCUACACCUGCCUGGCCCAAAACACACACCUCAAUACGCGCACUCAGACCACCAUCCUCCUCACCGUCUACUAUCUGCCCGAGGGGAAGCCCAGCUGCACACCAGUCCCUGCUGCCAAUUUCCGGGACAUUGCUCUGCAGUGUUCGUGGCCUGGUGGGUUCCCCCCAGCGCGGCUGCGGUGGGUGAGAUCCGGCCGGGAAGCAGACGCUGUGGCGUCCUACUCCAAUGCUACCAGAAUCCAGCGAGGGGUGGACAUCCGGAACGGCAGCUCGUACGCCUGCCUGGCCUCCCACCCAGCGCUCAGAGAGGAUGCUGUCUGCACCACCACUGUAUGGGUCCCUGUGGGGAGCCCCACCUGCUCUGCCAUGGCUACGAAGCAGAACGAGUUCCUCAUGCUGUCCUGCGGUUGGGCAGGAGGCCUGCCCCGCGUCACACUCUGGUGGCGAGACUGGCAGAACCGCGUGCUGGGCGGCUUGAAACCAUCCAGCAACAUCUACGUCGUGCAAGCCAACAGCACGCUCGGGGGCAAGGAGUUCGCGUGCAUCGCAGCCCACCCUCUGCAGGCCAGAGCCACAGAGUGCCUUGUCCGGCUGGACGUUCCCAAGCUGGCGGCCGAGCGCACGGAGGUGUCGCUGUUCGAGGGCGGCGAGGUCCGGCUGGCCUGCGCGCUGCAGGGCCCCCACCUGGGCUCCGAAGUGUUCUGGUUCAACAACAAGCACCAGGUGGUCCGGCCGGACGCUGCGAGGUACAGGCUGCAGCAGGGCGACGCCUGGUUCAACCUGACCAUCCGGGACACCGAGUGGAUGAGGGACAGCGGCACCUACCGCUGCGUGGCCGUGAACGCCGUGGGCAACGCCACCGUCCCCAUCAGGCUCCGUGUGAAGAAGUACCCGACGCCCCCCAACGUGACGAUCAGCAAGCUGAUGUACACCCGGCAGCGCACCGAGGUGCAGCUGGAGUGGGUGACGCAGGGCUCGGGGAACCUGACCGGCUUCGUCGUCCAAAGGCAAGAAGCAAAGAAAUCCUCGCUGGGCCCGUCCCGGUCGGCAGCCCGGGCCUGGGAGACGGUGGCCAGUGACAUAGAACCUGACGUGCGGGACCACAGGGUGGGCGGCCUGGCCCCGGCAGUCGUGUACGCCUUCCGCAUCCUGGCUGUCAACCACCGCACCACCGGGCACCCGUCCGAGGGGAAGACCCCAGCCGAGCCCCCUUUCAACGCCUACCCCGCUGUGGUGGGCGCUGCAGGAGCCGGGAUGGUCGUGGCGGCGGUUGCCUCUCUGCUGGCAUUUCAGUACAUCGUCCGGAACCGGGACAACAACCCACGGCUGCACGACCUGCUCUUCGGAAUGGCUGGCCCAGAGGCUCACGAGCAGAUCAGCACUCCGGAAGACGCUGAGACGGCCGCAGGUGUGGCAGAGGCUGAGACGGGCGGGGAGCUUGGGGGCAUAUCCCCCACAUCUCCCCCGGCCGGGGAGGCAUCAGCAGAGUGUCACCCAGAGCCCCCUGCAUCCACCCAGGAGGCUCCCCCAGCUCCAGAUCUCGCCGCUGAUGACCCUCCGGUCAAUGUCACAAUCACAGUGACUGCGACAUCGUGAAUCCCAGCCGGCCCCCGUCAGACCCAGUCAGCACCCCUGACCUGCAGUCGGGGGAGGGGGAAGGGUAUCUGGCAUUUACAGGGCCCCCGUGCAGGGAUUGGCGUUGCCAGACUGUUAGGGUGUGGCUGAGAACAAAACGGCCCCUGGGUACGAUGCCCCAGAGGGCAGGAGCCAACGUACCAACGCACGGCCUGGAAGGAGGGUUCGCCGUGGGGCUUGGAAUCUGCUGGGAUUUUGGCCCUUUCUCCCCCUCCCCCGCCCCACAGUGAUUAGCAGGGUGGCGCUUUCCUGUGUGGCUUAACUGGCACCUCUGUGCCCAGCUCCUCUCUGGGGGGCGCCAGUGCCGGUAACAGUCGACGGCCCUGCUGCGGCUACGGGUGCAUGCACCCAGCCCUGGCGACACAAGGGAGCUGGUUCGGCUGGGGUGCAGGAGUGAACAGGAGAUGGCUGGAGAUGGCCACACGCCGGCCUCCCAGCCUUGUUCGGAGCCAGGAUACCGAGCACAUCAGCAGAUGCACCCUAGCCCCACCUCAUGGCUCUGCUGCCUGGGUGAGGGGCUGCGGGGGCCCAGGCUGGAUUCGGGUUAGAGGGCUCCAUGGGGAGCCAGGAUAGCCGAGGAAAAGCCCAGGACCUUUGUGUGAGCCAGGCAGGGUUUGGAGCCCCCUCCGCCCCCUUUGGCCCUGACAGGCGCUUGGCAGGCCUGGUGGAAGCCAAGGGGCACAGGGUCCUGGCAGAGCCCUGCCCUGUGCUCCUGGGACUGGGACCCAGGCCCUCUGGGGACCUGCCCAGCAGCCGUUGCAGCUCAGCGAGGCAGGCUGCGGCUGAGCUCUGGGAGGACCAAACCCUCUGCAUGUGGCACCUAGAGCAAGGCUGUUAUUGAUGGGACGCUCACGCUGCAAACAAGGGGCUGUGGGGUCCCUGCGCAAGACACAGUCCCCAGCGAGCAACUCCUCCACGGCUCGGCCCGCAGCUUGGGCUGGAUGGGCAGCAGGGAGGGUGCUGAGCCGCUCCCCAAAUCUGCCCACUUACUUAGGUGUCUAAGCUGAGCUCUGGUGCAAAUCUGGAGUCUGGGCUAUACCCCGGCCGGAGGUCUUGCUGCCUUAAAGGCAUAGUACUAAAUUCCCUUGCCAAGGCCUUAUAUCGCCAACCCCCCAUGUUCAUCUGUACCGUCACUGAACCGGCCAGUGCCCCCUUUGACGUGGGCGGCAGGGUUAUGAGGGGCUCCCCGUGUCCAAAGGACUGUGUCCAGGGCACUUGCUUUAUUGCCUUGCCUGGAGUGGGGCAGGAGAGCAUGCAUGGGGGGUGGGGGGCUGGAGGCAGGAGGAGAUGCCUGGGCUGCCCAAACCAUCCUCUGUCUUCGGGGAGCGGGCUCAGACUAUUGCUGGGGCACAGGGAAUGCAGCUGGAGCCAUUUCAGUGCAGUAGCUGAGCGUCAGCCCCAGCUCCCCCUUGGCUUUCCCUUUGUGCCCUUGUUGAACUUGUCCUUGUUGAACCUCAUCAACCUCUUAGCCUGAAAUCCCCCGCUCUGUUAACAGGUGCUGACCCUGCUGGCAAAGGGAUAAGUGAGUUCUGCCUCACCCCCGUCAGUGACUAGUUACCUACCCUGGGUAUCAGGGAGGUGGGAGUGGCUUGCUGGGGAGAGAGGAUCUGGGGUGUGGGCUGAGCAGGCCAGUGGGAGGAGCCCGAUGAGCAGCCCAGCCUAGGGAGAAGAGUUGAGCUGAGCUUUGGGAUUGUAUUGUUAAUUUGUUUGUGUUAAUAAAGCCAAAUCCCCGGAGGGGUGAGUCU